CUCGCAGGCACGGUACGAGUAUUCCAUCUCUCCUUUCGUUAGUUCGCCUGCCUGCUGUGCUGGUUCUUUUCUGUUGUUUCCAGUUCUUCCUGCUUUCCCACUACCGCGAUUCCGAUUCUCUUCCCGCAAAAAUCCGUUAUUACUCUCCCACUGUUACAUCUUGCGGUUCUAAUCUUCUUCACCUUCUUCAAUUUCAACUUUCAUUCUAGGGUUUUACUGUUUCUGAGUUGGCGGCAAUUUGCUUUCCCUCUGUUCUUGUUUCUUUCUUCCCACGAUCAAACGAACAUCUCCAUAUCUUUUCUUAAAUUCCCCCCCAAAGUCCCAUUUUCAUCAUAUUGAAGAUUCCUGCUGUAGUGGAACACUCCCGUCAUUGGUCAUUGCCUUCUUGAAGAUUUUGAUUGAAAACAAAAAUUGGGCUGAAGGAUGAAGCGUAAACGAGGGAACAAGAAAAGCAAGCGUAAAGGGGAUACUGAAGUAGCUGGAAAAGAAGCGGCUUCUUUAGUUACUGAGGAAAAUUCAGGUUUGGAGGAGUUCGAUAAUGACAAUGAUAAGUAUGAUUCUGCAACGGAAGUCCGUACGCCUUCGUCCACAGGAACUGACCAUCUCAAUGUUGCAACCCUUAAUGCAGAGGGACCGAUGGACAAAUCUGCAGGGAAAUCAUCAGUUGGACGUGUUAAAGUGAAGCUCAGGACCUCAAAAAUGAUGGAUGCUCAGCCUAAUUCUUCUGAUGCGCUCACUCAAAGUGACACUGAUAAGAGCAGUCUUCAAAUGGGUUUAGAAAAACAAAGUGUAGUUUCCGAGAAAAUGGAAGAUUGUGCCAACUCGUUGCCUGAAAAGGAAACUGGUGUUUCUGGGACUACUACAACUGCAUCCAAGAAACCGGGGAGCAUAAAGAUUAAGGCUUCCAAGAGCUCCGGAGCAAGUAAUAAUCCGACAAUUACUGUAGUGAAGCCACAGGCUGACACUCGGAUGCCUCAGCAGGAUUCUCGACCUAAUAAGAAAGAGCUGGAUUCUGCUCUCACGGUCAUAAAGAAAGUCAUGAAAAUGGAUGCAGCUGAGCCGUUUAAUGUUCCUGUGAAUCCCGUUGCUUUGGGGAUACCUGAUUAUUUUGAUGUGAUAGAUACACCGAUGGAUUUUGGGACAAUAUGCAGCAAUCUUGAAAACGGUGUUAAAUAUAUGAAUUCAGAGGAUGUUUUCAAGGAUGUGCGAUAUAUCUGGGAGAACUGCUAUAAGUAUAAUAAUAAAGGUGACUAUAUCUUGGAUCUUAUGAGGAGGGUGAAGAAAAACUUUUCAAAAUAUUGGAGUGCUGCUGGAUUGUACAAUGGGCAAACUACAACAACCAAUGGUGUUGAUAUAAGCCAAGAGAAUGGUGGAGCAUCCAGUCAGGUGAGACCUCUGAAAGGCCAGUCAAAACAGAAAUCGAAGAAGCGUCAUGGAAGGCGCCAUAAAUCAGAUUGUUUAUGUGCAAUAUGUGUUUUAAAGCGUCGUAGGAAGGAGCGUGAAGAGACUGCUAGAAUUGCUAAAGACCAAAUUGGAGCUGGUAACAACCUAGCGCAAGAUUUAAAGUUUGAGGAAUCUUUGCGUGGGGGGGAAAGUCCUGGCAGCGUGGAUUCAUCAUCAAAUGCUGAUGAUUCACUAGACAAUGAACUUGGUGUUGAGGAAGAAACAGGCGACGAGGUGAAAAUGGAUGUUUCAAAGCAACAGUUUAGCACCCCAGAUGAUAAGCAAGAUGUAGGUGAGGAGGAAAAAGAUGAAGGAAAUGAAAUGGGGAAGAGUAUGGGCACUGAUUCCAAAGGAACCGAGCAGUCGGAUCGGUCAGGGGAGGAUCACAGUAGACCAUUGAAAUCAACAAUGGAGGAAUCAGGUGACUUGAAAAUGGAGGAUGUUCAGCAAGAUAUUCAUAAUUCAGAACGGAAGGAGGUAGAAGAAAAACGAAGAAAGAAACUAAAGGCAUGGGAAGAGUUGAGCAUUAAAAACCCGAUGGUUUUAGAGCUGUGUGGAGUCGUUUUCCCUGUGAAUCCAAGAUCUGUGUGGAGAGGACCCCAUUCAUUGCUUCCACAGCACAAAGCUUCUCGCACUAGCUCCAUUCACAUGGCCAUAGAAGAGUUAAUGAAAUAGUAGCUAAAUUAUUGUAUUAGCUGAUAUUGAUAGGCUUUCGUAUUUUGCAUGUAUCAUAAAAUUAUAUGACUAGGGGUAGUCAGUUGCUUUGUAAUUGGCUAUUGGAAAAGUGGCCUUAGAAACCUAUACAAUUUAGGUGAAAUUUUGUUUUUAAAACAGAAAUUUGUAGAAAAUGUAAACAAAUUCUUUAUUUUCCCUAUAUCUAAAAACAUGGUUGGUUCUAAUUUAAAAACA